GUAGAUGGCAUGGGCGAGGAUGACAGGGAGUCGCUUGCCUCCGUGAGGCUCAGGGACGUUGGGGCAUUGCAUGCCGCAGCAUCCAAGGGUGAUGUGGGGAUCUGCAAGUACUUGGUGGAGGAGCUUGGAUUUGAUGUCGACUCCGAGGCUGCUAAUCCUGGCUCUGGUGCGACGCCUUUGUCUUUUGCGGUGGGGCAUGGGGAAGUGAAUGCCACAAGGUAUUUUCUUGAAAAAGGUGCUGAUCCCAACAUAAAAGAUUCCUCCAACGGCACGACUCCUCUGCAUGAAGCAGUAGCAACAGGCUGUGAUGAAAUUGCACGACUGCUGCUAUCGAAAGGAGCUAAUGUUGAUGCACCUUCUCCUCAUGGGACGCCUCUAGUUGCCGCUGCAGCUCAUGGGAAGUUCAGUGCUAUGAAGAUUUUGCUGGAGCACCAUGCAGAUCCGAACAAAGUCUCAUGGGACCUUGGUACACCCUUGACCACAGCACUCUAUGUUACUCCUGAAAGAAUGAAUGAAUCCACUUGCUUAGAGUGCAUGAAACUUCUUGUCAAGGCUGGUGCGGACGUCAAUUGUACAACUCCUGAAACUCCAUUGGCGAUAGCAACUAACAAUGGCUUAACCACAUGCGUUAAAUACUUGUUGGAGGUUGGCGCAAAUAUCAAUGUUCCAGCUAAGCAGGUUAAGAAAGGUGACAAUGAUAGCAAAGCUUCACUGAAAUCAAGCGGUGCAAAAGCUGCUGAAGGGAAGAACUAUGUCGCUGCAUCAAAAUUCUAUUCCGAGGACAAGUCAAGUGACAAAGAUAGGAAGGCUCGGCUGAAAUCACAAGGUGCAAAAGCAGUUGAGGGCAAGGACUAUGCCGCGGCAUCAAAAUUCUAUACUGAAAAACCAUCGGAAGACACUUCUAUUUCUGUAUUGCUAAUGUAUCAUUAACUAGUUGACAUUAGCUGGGAACUGAUUUUUAAACAUCCUUCCUAACUUACAUGUCUGCGCCAUGUACUUACUAGUUUCACACAGCUAGGUUACAGCUUAAUUAGGAUUUAGGAAUCAGAAGUUGGGAGUGAUUUUUCCCGCAAACAGAAAAUAACUGAAAUUCUCCGAAUUGGAUUUCAUACUCCACCAAAGGGAAACAGUCAUGGUUGAUUUAUCUGUUUUGACUUAAUUUUUAUUUUUCGUAAGUGCGUAAAUCAUUAUUUCUUCAAAUAAAUUUGGAUAACAUUUAUAACUGAUAAAAUCUCUUUCUUUUGUGCAACACAUUCUAUCUGACGCUUUUAACUGGUUUAGUGAGCUGUUUCCGUUUGAUUUCUGAACUAGGUUCAGUUCUAAAACUGUAACCGUGCCACUUAGGUUUCCGAUCACACGCUAGUUUAGCUUCACUUAUCGUACUAGGUUCUUGUUUCAUUCAGGAAUAAACAGGCUGUGCUUCGUGGUCUUUUAACAUUUGGUUUGGUGCAGGCAAUCAAGCUGGAUCCGGCUGACGCGGUGUUGUAUUCGAACAGGAGCCUGUGCCAUCUGAAGUGUGGUGAAGCACAUGCCGCUUUGGUUGAUGCCAAUGCUUGCAUAAGUCUGAACCCUAAGUUUCCUAAAGGUUACUACCGGAAAGGAGCCGCCCUCAUGU